AUGUCGCUGCUGCUGCUCGUGCUCGUGUUGUCGGUGUCGCCAUGGCAGGCCGCCGCGGCGGCGGGAGGAGGCCGGGGCGGCAGGCCGCGGGUGCCGGCCAUCCUGGUGUUCGGCGACUCCAUCGUCGACACGGGCAACAACAACGCCGUCCUCACGCUCACCAAGUCCAACUUCAGGCCAUACGGCAAGGACCUCAACGGCGGCGUCCCCACCGGCCGCUUCUCCAACGGCCGGGUUCCAACGGAUUUCGUAGCUUCACGGCUCGGCUUGAAAGACCUGGUUCCGGCGUAUCUUGGCACUGACCUCACCGACGACGACCUCUGCACUGGCGUCAGCUUCGCUUCUGGAGGCACCGGCUACGACCCCCUCACCUCCACUCUCGUGGCGGUCCUGCCGAUGCAGGAGGAGCUCAACAUGUUUGCCGAGUACAAGGAGAAGCUCGCGGGGGUCGUCGGAGAUGAAACCGCCGCGGGGAUCAUUGCCGACAGCCUGUUCCUUGUCUGCGCCGGAACAGACGACAUCGCCAACAACUACUACCUCGCCCCUGUCAGACCUCUGCAGUACGACAUCUCGGCAUACGUGGAUUUCCUUGUUCAGCAGGCUUGCGACUUCAUGAGGCAACUCUACCAGCGAGGGGCCAGGAGGAUCGCAAUCCUGGGGAUGCCGCCGGUCGGGUGCGUGCCGUCGCAGCGGACUGUCGCCGGCGGCCUGGCCAGGGACUGCGACCCGGCUCGCAACCACGCGGCGCAGCUGUACAACUCCAGGCUGAAGGAGGAGAUCGCGCGGCUCCAGGAGGAGUUGCAGUGCCAGAAGAUCGGCUACGUGGACAUCUACGACAUCCUGCAGGACAUGAUCACGAACCCCUGCAAAUACGGCUUCGAGGUCUCGACGAGAGGAUGCUGCGGCACCGGGGACUUCGAGGUGUCGCUCCUGUGCAACCAGGUGACGGCGUCGACGUGCCCCGACGACCGGAAGUACGUGUUCUGGGACAGCUUCCAUCCUACCGAGAGAGCAUACGAGAUUAUCGUGGACUAUCUGUUCCCAAGAUACGUAGAGAACCUACUAUGA